AAAUCAUACAGAGAGUGAAGUGGGGUCUCUCCUAACACCCACACAAACCGUACAUUUUAACAGAACAGUUACAGCAAACUGUACAUGAAGUAACGACACACUGUAAAUAACCGGCCAACUUCUGUACAAACAAACAAUAUGACUCAUCUGCUUCCAUUUUUAAUCUUGACGUUGGGCUCAGCACUUUCUAGUCCUAAUAGUGGCAGACGCUCAGACACUUUUAGGACCACAGAGCUACAAUAUUCAGGCACCUCAGUAUUUAGAAGUGAAAAUGAAGACCGGCUGUUGGACGAAGGUGGAGGGUAUGAAGUUACACCCGUUGUUCAAAUCCCUUUUCAACUUUCUUCCACGACAGAAAGAAAUCCAGCAUACUUUCAUUCUUCCUUACAAUAUCCUCUAUACCCUUCUCCCACCACCUCAAAUCAACCUCCAAACCAUGUCCCCACCACCUCACAGCAACAGCACCCGAUAAACACUGAAAUCCCUUCCCCCAAAGGGGAUCAAGUUGUGGACUUUUAUAAACAUAAGUUUAGUGAUAAAUUCAUUUACCUGGAUAGACCUGAUUCAACCCAACCAAAGGUAUCUAGUGUGCGUUCAUCCAACCACGUGGAUGAAAAUGAAGAACAUCAUUUCAUCCCAACUGCUCCUUCCAGUCAGAUUAAAACUUGGAUUCAAAAAACCUCUCAACCUAAAACCUCAACGUCCACUUCAAGCGUUUAUAAAGCUUCGACGGAGAAGCAAUCGACGUCAAGUUUAGGCAAACCGCGUUUUGAGGACAACUUACCGCAUGAGAAGCGCCGUGUACCGCAUGAGGAGGAUGGUGUACUGCAUGAGGAUGAUGGUGUACCGCAUGUGGAGGUUCGUGUUCCGCGUAAGGAGGACCAUUUACAUCGUGCAGAGGACGAAGUUAAUUAUUCAGAAAAUUCGAUGGCGGAAUUUCACGAAGAAGACAGAAAAAGUAAAUCUCAGAAAAUUCAGGAUUCUAAAGUUGCAGAUAUCUGUCAGUUUUCUCACCAUUCUCUUUGUAAACUGUUUCUGCCGAGAAUGGGAGAACCAAGAGAAUCUGACGUAUUUCAACCUGAAGACAGAGAAAGGGAAGAAGAAAAUCGUCGUGAGUACAGAAACAAUAUAUAUCAGCCCAGAGGUCGGGAGAGAUUUGAAGGUGAUUUUGGGAAAAAGAUUGUCACCAAGCCGGUCACCACAACGCCUUUUCCAUCCUUCACGCCCAUUCUAGUGAAGACGACACCUCCUUCGACCACAACUAUUCCUGAAAAUGCGCCAAAACCAUCGACAGCGCCUUUUUUGAAAUCUACGGAACAUCCUUUAAUUAUCAAUACUGUGAAGCCACAUGUUGAGAAUGUGCCGGAUAGACCCAAAUAUGUGAAUAUAGAAAGAGACUCCACCGACUUCAAGAGACAACCAAGAGUAGUCGCUGAAGGAUCAAGAUUGUCUGAGGUAAGAGUAUUACCCCCUGAGAAUUACCGAUAUAUUGAUGAAUCUAAUGACGAAGAAUCUAGAAGCUAUGAUGUUGUUUUACCACCGAAAAAAUACAGACACUUACUGGACCAGCUUGACUAUUUUGAUGAAGGCCGAUCAGCUGGCAACGAAAAAUAUCGGCCGGAUAUGCGAAACGGUCAAACAUAUGUUAGUGAAGAACGGAUUCGCUCCAAUGAAAGAAGUGACCAAGGAACAAGAAGAAGUCUCCAAGAGGUGUUUAAAGAUGAAGAGAAUGAAAGUAUGGUGACGGCUGAGCAAAGAUUGAGUUCCAGGAGAAAAAAGUCAAACGGAAAAUUUGGUGGAGUUCCAGGGACCGCAGGACGCGAUUUUCCGACACUGAGUUCAAUUCCGGUUACAAGUUUUUCUUGUAUUGGAACUAAAGCUGGGUUCUACGCUGAUGUUGAGGCCAACUGUCAGGUUUACCAUUACUGCCAUUUUGAUGGAAGGCAGGAUAGUUUUCUUUGCUCUAAUGGAACUGUGUUUAAUCAAAAGAAUUCAGAAACAAGUUUGUUUGGAGCAGUUGAGUCUGGAAAACAGAAUACCUUUGAUCUCAGUCAGCUCAAAGCCUUACUUGAGGUAUCCUCCAACGAUAUUGAAACCAUUGUCAAGUCACCACUGAAUGACAAGGCAAGAUCACUUAAACUUUUCAAGAACGAGAAACCUGAUAUUUUUGCCCGGCUCGUUGCAAUAAGUGAAAGAGCUAAAAUGAAAAAGGAGAGUAAAGAUGAUUCUGUUGAAGAAGUUGACAUUGUACCUGUAAGCAAGGGUUCAGAUAGUGCUGAUGUGGUUGAGUAUGAGUCUAGACCCAAUGGUGGGUUCUCUGUGUAUUACACUCUGCCAGAAUCUUCUGAAUCUAAAUCAGACAAGCUUCAGCAACUUAUAGACAGCAUUAAUAACAAUAUUGGCGAGGAUGCUGCUGAAGAUGAGAGUUAUGAAGAUUUUACAAGUAACUCAGAAGAAUCCACUGAGGAUUAUUCAAGCUACAAGUCUGAAGCUUAUGAGGCAGACUAUUAUGAGACUGAUUACUAUUCAGAUGAUGAUGGUAAAACUUCAAAAUAUCUGACGGAGCCCCCGAGUAUAUCCCAGGAUUAUUAUGAUCCUGGGCCACCUGAUUCUUACUAUGAUGAAUAUAUAGAAGAUGGUGCAGAGGACAGGAUGAUGGUGGAGUCUUCAACCCCUAAACCAACAAUUCUAUCGCCUACGGAACAAAAACUAGCCCAGCUCACAAAAACUCUUGAAAAGUUUAAAAACUCCAGGAUGUUAAAAGGUUCAGGAACUAAGCUUAUUCCGCAGAUCUACAAACCAGUGACAGCUGAGCCGCCCCCGACCACAGCCCGAUACAACCCUGUCACCCAUCGUAUCAUUCCAGUAGAUUUUACACCCUCUUCAUCAACCAAUACAAGCAGUGAGGGGGGACCAGGAUUUCUAAACCUAUUUGCAACCAUGAAUCCAGGGCGGAUAGAGGGUUCUACCCUUACUCCAGACUAUAUUUUCCCAGUUGGACACAUUGGAAUAGACAAUCUGGAGGAGCUGAGACAACUUACUCAAUCACAGUUCAGUAGACGAUCUGAUAACACGGAGAUAGUUAAACCUGCUCUUGAAACCUGGAAAAUGAAAAAUCUGUCCCAGGAGAUAGAGAAAAGGAAAAAUCCGUCCCAUGAGAUAGAGAAAAGGAAAAAUUCGUCUCAUGAGAUGGAGAAAAGAAAAAAUUUGUCAUACAAGAUGGAGAACAGGACAAAUUCUGAUUCUGAAAACAAGAUUAAAGCUCUCCAACUUCUUGUCCAACAAAGCAUUCAAGAGAGUAUCCUGGGCAACAAAGCCAAGAGUAAUAAAGGCAAAAUUAAUAAUAGACAAGAACCUAGUGUUAACAAAUUCUCUGAUACAUCUAAUCAACUCCAACCAAAUAAAAAAAUUCCUUCACUUUCCGAAACUGAGACCCUCACAGUUCCAAAGUUGAGGUUUGACGAUGAUACCAGUUCUCCCAGUAUUUUGUCUUUUUUGGCUGAAUAUGGACUGGGAAAUUUUGAGAAAACUAGAAGCAUCGAAACCCAGUUUCUGGAGCCUGCUUAUCCGCCAAUCUUCAAUCACGAUGUUGAACAGAAUAAGCAAGCUGGACUUUUUUACGAACCUCAAACUAAUGGUUUUCUCUUUUCCUCAAAUCCUGGAAAAUAUCCAGAAACUAAUUUUCAAGUUGUUCAAACUAAUAAUCCAAAUAUUGGUUUAAAUCUAGUCAAACCAAGAAAUCUUAAUGACAUUCAUUUCCAAACCAAUCCACAGAUGUUUGACAAUAAUUACAAGUUACAAGUUGAGAAACCGGAGAACUUUAUACCCUCGGAACCAGAGUUUAAGCGAACCCCACCGGAGUACCUACCCUUUCUACCCGGAGCCAGUGGAGACCUUACUGCGUCUUUCUCAGAUCUGAUAUCAGGGGAACCUAAAUCUGGAUUCUCAGAGUAUAGUUUUGAUGGCAUUGUGGAUACAAGACGACCUGAAGGUUCCUGGCCUGGUUUUGAUGGGAUAACGUCUAGGAUUGAUAGGAUGAAUCCAGGUCACCUUGAGACCUGGGAGUCUGGUGGUUUAGCUCCAGGUUUCCAGGUUACCACAGAUGGUUCACGGAACCGUCAGCUUCAAGCACCUCAGGUGCUGGAUGGGACUGAGUUGACCCAUCUGAAACAACAGCUGAAGUUAACGCAGGCCUCACAACAGCAAAUGCAGCAGCAGAUCCAAGCAAUACUUGGAGACAGAGCCCCGGAAACACCUGCUCAUAACCUGCCAUUUCUUCCUGGCGGUUCAAAUCAGCUGAUUUCAAAUCAUAAUCAGCUUAUCUCCAAUCCUAAUCAGCUGAGUUCAAGCCCAAAUCAGCUGACUUCCAAUCCAAAUCAGCUGAUCUCCUAUCCAAAUCAACUAAUCUCUAAUCCAAAUCAGCUGAUUUCCAGUAAAUCUCAAAAUAGAAAUGUUAAAAAUCCUCCAAAACCAGAAUCAACAAUGGCGUCACCUGACAGUUUUCAUGUGUUGGGACCAAACUGUUACAUUAAAACAGAAACAGAGUUUAAACUAAUCGGUCCAGCAAGUUUAUGUAUUAAAGAUCGAAAAUCAAACUCAAAAUCAAUUUGGGAUUCCCUCACCUCAAUUCCAAUUCUCAACACAUUUGCAAAAACAAUAGGUUUCGAAUCGUAAAAGAAGCUUUUGCACUUCUUGAUUACAGGGUGAUAUUUUUGGGUACUGUUACAUAUUGGGGAUUGUAAAUUUAAACAUAUGUUAUGAGGCAGCUAUAAAAAGUGAAUAUCAAGACUUAAAUUAAUAUACAUUUGUCAUACUCUUUAA